AUGACUGUGAAAGCCACUCGGAAUCCUGGCCAUAGUCAACUGGAGGCCGUCCUCCCCGAGACGACAUGGUGGAAGAGUCCUCAGUUGCGCCGUCUCAAUUUCUGCAUAUUGUCCUUGAUCUUUUUCUCCUCUUCAAACGGCUUUGACGGCUCCUUGGUCAAUGGACUCCAAUCGUUGGACAGCUGGAUGGACUUUAUGGGACAACCGACUGGUACCUGGUUAGGUUUCAUCAACGGAAUCUAUAGCGUCGGUGCACUUGUCUCGACCAUUAUCGCAGCUUGGUGCAGUAACAAGUUUGGCCGAAAGCCUUGCGUGUGGAUAGGCAUUAUUUUCAUCCUCGCUGGUUCAAUCCUAGGCGCCGCUGCUCCCAACGAUACCAUCUAUAUUGUGUCAAGGGUGCUCGUCGGUAUGAGUGGCGGCUUCAUAACUAACGCUCCACCACUAUUGUUGAAUGAGAUUGCGUACCCGGCCCACCGGAGUAUAUCAUCCUGUCUUUUCAUGAUAGGGUACUACGUCGGAUCCGUCAUCUCCUCCUGGGUUACUUUCCAAACUCGCACAUACAGUUCGUCUUGGUCGUGGAGACUGCCUACACUGCUACAGAUGCUCUGUCCUCUUAUCGCCAUUCCCGGUUUCCUCCUUACUCCUGAGAGUCCUCGCUGGCUGGUUAGUCGGGAUCGUGUGGAAGAUGCGCGUAAAGUGCUUGCCGAGUUACACGCGAAUGGUGACCUAACUGCACCAUUGGUUACCUAUGAGGUUCAAGAGAUCCGAGAAGCGAUUGCUGCGGAGAAAGAAUCGGACGCCUCGUCAAGCUACUCGGACAUGGUCAAAACACCAGGGAACCGCCGACGCCUUUUGAUCACCGUAACGUUAGGUAUCUUCUCUCAGUGGUCUGGCAAUGGUGUGGUCUCUUAUUAUCUGGCCAUGGUGCUGGACACUGUCGGUGUAACGGCUACAAAAGACCAGCUACUUAUAUCCGGGUGUCUCCAAAUAUGGAACCUUAUAUUCGGCACCAUUGGCGCAUUGCUGGUGGAACGGGCUGGCAGGCGUCCUCUGUUCCUGACUUCUGCAGGCGUAAUGCUUGUCAGCUACAUCAUUAUUACCGGUCUGUCAGGAUCAUUUGCGUCCACUGGCUCUGCACCGAUAGGAACAGCGGUGAUUCCAUUUAUCUUCAUCUACUUUGCGGGUUAUGAUAUAGCUUUAACUCCCUUGCUGGUGGCUUAUCCAACUGAAAUAUGGCCAUUCACACUUCGCUCCCGUGGCCUGAGCGUCGCCUGGCUUUCUGCAAUCGGGGCCUUGAUUUUCAACACCUUCGUCAAUCCUGUUGCGCUAUCAGCCCUUGGGUGGAGGUAUUACUUCGUGUUUGUCGCUAUUCUCAUUUGCUACGCUCUUACGUCGUACUUUUUCUACCCGGAGACCAAGGGAUACACUCUGGAGAAUAUGGCCCUUAUCUUUGAUGGUCAUGACCGGACAGUCAAUGAUUCGGAAAAAGCUGGGUCAUCUGGAGAUGGUGGUGAGAAAGUGCCCGGAACCAAUGAAGUGGAGCGAGUGUAA